AUGCCCGAGAGAACCGAAUCGACUGCGUCACUCAAUGAGAUCACCCAAUAUCGUGUGUAUACAAUUCGAUGGAUUCAAUUAAUUGUUUACAUUUUAUCCACAUUCACCAAUGCAAUCAGCGGAAUGACAUUCGCUCCGAUCGAAUCGCAAGCGUCGACAUUCUUCCACAUCACAGCCACCCAAGUCAACACCUUAGCAAUCGUUUUUCUGUUUCUCUAUCCAGUCGGCACGAUCAUCUCCAUCUGGUUAUCUAGAAAAAUGUCCAUGCGAAUGACGAUGAUCAUCGGUGGAUUGUUAAAUCUUGGCAUUUUCAUUCGUUUGUUGUCGUUGAUCACUCCAGAAUAUGGUUAUGCAGCAUUACUCGUCGGUCAAAUCUUUCCUGCGUUAGCCGCGCCAUUCUUUUUGAAUUCGACUGCUUUAUUCGCUGCACGUUGGUUUGCUCCAUCGCAACGUGAUAUCGCCACAGCGAUCUGCUCGAUGGCGAAUCCGUUAGGUUUGGCCAUUGGAUCAUUGGUACCUUCGUUGAUCAUCAAUGAUAAUCCGACAUGGAAAGACUUCUUUGUUCUUUUGAUUAUUGAAAGUGGAUUGACUUUAGUAUCAACAUUGUUAUUGUUGAUGAUAUUUCAAUCUGAUCCUCCCACACCUCCAUCGCCGUCAGAAGAGCAUCAUCAAAUCAUUAAUUUAAAAGAAGAUUUAGCCAAUUUACUUAGAAAUUACCAGUAUUUGAUAUUGUUAAUUGGCUUUUCAUUAGGUUUGGCUUUGUUCAACUCCAUAACAACGUUAUUGUUUCAGUUGAUUCAACCUAGUGGAUAUUCGAGUGAAGAUGCUGGAAUCUUCGGUGCAGUCGUGAUCGUUGCUGGACUAUUCAGUGCAUUUUUAGUCGGAAUUAUCAUGGAUAAAACUCAUGCAUAUCGUUUAAUUUUGAAGAUUUUGUUAAUUGGUGCAUGUGGAUCGGGAAUAUUUUUUGUUUUAAUUCUUCGACCAAGUCAGUAUUACCCAUUAGCGGUUUCUAUUGGUCUAAUGGGUUUCUUUUUACUGCCGUUAUUGCCNGAAUCUUCGGUGCAGUCGUGA